AUGGCGGUGCUCGCCAUCGAAGGGCACAAGAAGCUCGAGGCCGCACAGCAGGAACUUUACGAUGCCUUCAGUGCCUGCUUUAAGACGGUCAAUGGCAGAAGUGUCGAGACAUGGCAGCCACAUGAGACAAUCAUGCUUUGCAAUGACACGACAUUCUUCGAUCUGACAGGCCGGAUUGGCCUUGCUGCUGUAGAUCUCGUUGAAGCAAACCACAGAGAGCAAGAGAUGAAAGACGACGGCCAUGAGGCGAGAAUGCUUGCCACUGGCCGCUCCGACCCCGCGGUGUUUCGAAUUCUGGCGCCGACGGCCAUCUUGGGGUAUGGGUUUCCUCAAGCUCCUUUCGAUGUGGUUGUGCGCGAGCAUGCCUUCAAUCUCAUUGCGGCAGAUGCCGGCUCCAUCGAUCCGGGACCUUACUACCUGGCGUCUCGCUCAUCGUUCACAUCGCUAGAUCAUGUCCUGCGAGACCUUCGUCUGAUGCUUCAGGGUGUCCGCCAGCAGGCAAGCAUGGGGCAGCGCUGCAAGCUGAUCGUGGGCUCAGCUGGGGGCUGUGGCACCAACAACCAGGUUGAGCUGCUGGCUCGCGAAGCUCGGAGGAUCAUGGCCGAGUUAGGCCUGGUCGCUCCAAUUGCGACGGUCCAGAGUGAGCUGCAAGCUGUACAGCUGGCCGGACGACAGCUGACACCUCUGGGUCCUAUGCCUGCCAUUGACACAGAUGCCUUGGAAGGCUCGGUGAUCGUGGCGCAGAUGGGUCUUGAGCCCAUCAUGUCGGCGCUGGGGCAUGCUGACAUAGUGCUGUGUGGACGUGCUUAUGACCCUGCUGUCUUUGCUGCUGAGCCCAUACGAUGUGGAUUUCCAGCUUCAGCAGCGCUGCACGCCGCCAAAGUGCUCGAGUGCGGCGCAAUUGCAACGGUGCCUGGAAGUGGCAGCGACUGCCUCGUUGCAGAACUGGACAGAGGCCAGGCAACAGCAAGGUUCUGGGCGCCAAACACGAAGAGGCAAGCCACGACUCUGAGUGUCGCUGCGCACACGCUCUACGAGAAGAGCCACCCUCAUCUCUUCGGCUUGCCUGGUGGCGUAUUGAGCACGAAGCACGCGGUCUUCAAGCAGCGCGGCCGGGUUGUGGAAGUGGAGGGCACGAAGCUGACAAGGGUGCCACCCGCAGUGAAGCUGGAAGGAGCUGCAGUGCGUGGGUUCCGCGCAGUUGCCAUUGACCUCCUUCCCGGCACGGCGGAUGUGGAAGUGUCCGAUGGCACGAUGGUGUACGGGAGGAACGGUGUCGAGGAUUCCUGGGUCAACUCUGGUGAAGAGCUCGGUAUUCUGGUCACCGUUUCCGGAGGGGGCAUCGAAAGGAACAAAUCACAUUUAGCCCUCCUCCGUGCUACGUUGUUGCACUGGGGCUUUGAGGGCCGGAAAGCCACGGCUGGGAACUUGGCAUUUCCAUUCUCACCAUCCGACCUUCAAUUUGGUGACGAGGGAGUUCUGACAGUUUGUGGCACAAGAGAUCCGAGCUUCAUCUCACGGUGGCAAGAGAUUCUAAGGGAGGUGGAAGACUACGUCCAGAGCCUCUCAUGCCAAGAGGGCCUGGCUGUUCGCUUCGUUGCUGCGGGUCUGCCGGGUCAACAUCUUCUUCAGUGCCGCGAGGUUGUUGCAAGCACUGCAGCAGCAGCACGCACACAGCUUCAAUCAGAUACAAGAGCGAUCGAAAGCUGGCUGUGCCAUGGAAGCGUUGCAGCGGACUACACAGUUCAUCAUCUGCUCGAUCUUGACGAGAAGCUCUUGCGCGAUCUCUUCCCAAUCCGUGUAUUGCAUAGCGAUGGCUCAGCGGAGGACGUGGAGGCAACCCUGUUGCCUUGGGAUGCCUCUCCGACUGCUUCGUCGGCAGAGGCAUACCAAGACUGGGAGUCUUCUGCGAAGCCUUCAGGGUGGCGUGUGGCUGGGUGCAACCUCGGAGACCUAGCGAAAGUGGUGCGUUCCAAGAACGCCGGGGUGAACGAAAUUACCUACGACAUCAUGUUUGCCGAUGAGAGACUUGCCCAGCAAAAUCGACACGUGCUGGGCCAUCAAGAUCACCUGUUCUCGCGGGCAGUGCCGGUGAUCGUGAUGUUUACGGCGCACAGCAGCACAGCCGGCUCUUGUCCGUUCAGCUUUGACGAGAAAAAGCGCCACUGCUCCAACGCUGUCCAGAGCAGAGUGAUGAUUUCCAUGCUGUCAAUUUUCUGGACAGUUUGCUGCUGCCCGUUUGCAGACGCGCUCCGGACGGAGAUUGCGACCCUUACCGGCGAAAGCCUCCCAGAAGUCACCGAUGUUUCAAGCUCUUGUCUCAGAUCAGGGGCCACGGAGUCAGAAGACUCGAAGGUUCACGAUGGGUCGAAACUGCAUCCUGCCGUUUCAGGCGUGGCAUCUCUGGCCAGGUCGCGAGAGCUCUUCUUGGAGGGUGACCUUACCACCGAAAACUUAGCAGAGGUUGUCUUCCGAACCCAGCUAUUGGGUGAGCUGUUGGCUGACCUACAGGCCUGUCGUCUGAUUGCAAAGAAGUUCUGCUGCACCGAUCUUCGUUUAGAGCUCUCAGACAAGGCCACGAGUGAGGCAAAGGAUGUCAUAGAAGAAAUAGCGAAAGAGUUUGGCUUCGUCGCCUAUGCAGCAAGGAGAGGCGGCAAAGGUGCUUACAAGGGCAAAAGUAGCGCGCAAGCGGAGCCGGCUGAUGAGAAAGUUCAGGCCUUGGACGAAAUUGCGGGCAAGAUUGAAGCAGAUGCUUCAAUUAGCAGCAAGAGGUGUGAUCACCUGCUCUACCCGUACUGGAACUUGACUCCCGACCAGGAGAAGUCCGUGCAUCAGAUCAUGGAAGUCUUCAAUCAGGAGUACUCCGUCAGGCGGAAAGUUUUAACGCGGCGCUUGGACGUGACAAUUCAGGCCUUUCUUUGGUCGCCGAAGGCGGACUCCUACAUGGAGCAGAUCUCCCAGGCCAUUUCAGCCGUCAUGGAUUGGCGCGACCACCUUAGCUCGGCGAGCAUCGGGAGCUGGCACAUGUUGGCGACGGAUGAGAAAACGGUACAAGAGCCGCCGAAGAUUUCUUCCAUCACGGCCUUGAAGUCGGUUGUAAAAACCAUCAUCAUUGGUGCAGUUCCUGACAGAGGUGGUGUGCCAGAAGGAUAUACGGUUGAGGACAUUGCGAAGGAUAUCGUCAAAGCCAACGUAGCCUUGACGAAAAAGGAUCAAGGUGGAGGUGGCAAAGGCGCAUCUGCCCAGACUGCAGCAGCCAUGUCUGCAAAGAGAUGGGUUGGAAAGGGCAUGGGUUCAGGAGAUGCUCGAGACAGUCCUAGAGGGGAGAAAGGUGGAGGUGGUGGUGGUUACUACGGUGGCAAAGGCAAAGGUGGCGAUGGUGGCGGCGGGUACUACGGGAAGGGCGGCGGUGGGGGCUACUACUCCCAAGGCAAAGGAGGUGACGGAGGAGGCGGCUACUACUCCCAAAAAGGGGGUGGCGGCGGCGGCGGGUACUACUCACAAGGCGGUGGUGGAGGUGGCUACUACUCCAAGGGAGGAGCAGACGGGGGAGGCGGCGGUGGUUACUAUGCGCAGGGCGGAGGAGGAGGCGGCUUCUAUGCCCAAGGCGGUGGAGGAGGCGGAGGCUACUACGCACAAGGAGGUGGUGGAGGAGGAUACUAUGGUGGCAAAGGCGACAAGGGUGGAGGAGGCCUGGAGAGCGACUUCUAG